AGAACACACACUGGAGAGAAACCUUAUGAAUGUAACCAGUGUGGUAAAGCCUUUGCACAAAACAGUACUCUCUUAAGCCAUAAAAGAACACACACUGGAGAGAAACCUUAUGAAUGUAACCAGUGUGGUAAAGCCUUUGCACAAAACAGUCAUCUCAUAAGCCAUAAAAGAACACACACUGGAGAGAAACCUUAUGAAUGUAAUGAGUGUGGUAAAGCCUUUGCAAAAAACAGUCAUCUCAUGAGUCAUAAAAGAACACACACUGGAGAGAAACCUUAUGAAUGUAAUGAGUGU